AUGGGAAACAACUUCCCACAGGGAAAAUGUGGCUGUGGUGGCUUAAUAUUCUGGCGUCCUCCUCCCAACAACAACAAUAACAACAGCAAUGCCAACAAAUUUGAGAAUUUAUCAAACGCCUCUGACACAAAAAAAGGUCAAGGUGGCUGUGAAGAUAUAACUUUCUCAGGAACAGCUUCAUCUAAUAAACCCACAAAUUCUUCAACUCGUUCUGGCACCAAGCCAAACCAUGUUGUUAACCAAAACUACCAAAGGAACCAUCCCAAAGUGUCACCUACCGAGGGCUAUGUCAGCAAUGGAAGAAGGGUCCCUAAAGAAGCAAUUGGCAUUUCUGGUGAACUGGAAAGCAUGAUCACCGAUCGCCAAAAGGGGAGCAGCAACCUUGUUCGUGCUUCUUCUAGCAACGUUAUGAUGUUUAAUAAUUUAGGUAACCUCAGGCAAGGAGGGAAUACAAAUACGUAUUCUCAGAACCCUGUUGCCAAUGGAAGAUACACAAACCAAACGGUGGAGAAUGUAAGUAAAGGAAACAAGGAACAACCGGGUUCUCUAUGCAGGGUCGUGUCUACUAGAAUGAACCCCGAACAAUUAAAGAUAAUGGGCAAUGAGGAUUAUAAGAAUGGAAGAUUUCAAGAAGCAUUGGCUCUUUAUGAUGCUGCAAUUGCAAUUGACCCUAAUAAAGCUUCCUAUAGGAGCAACAAAAGUGCAGCAUUAACGGCUCUUGGGAGGCUUCUGGAGGCUGUGUUUGAGUGCAGAGAAGCCAUUCAAAUUGAGCCUCGUUAUCAAAGAGCUCAUUACCGAUUGGGAAACUUGAACAUGAGAUUAGGAGAAAUGGAUAAGGCUCUUUAUCAUUACAAACAAGCAGGACCAGAGAUUGACCCAGACGAGAAUGCUAAAGUCAAAAAAAUUCAGGUCCAUUUGAACAAAUGCACCGAGGCACGUAGGCUAGGAGAUUGGAACAAGUUGAUUAAGGAGACCAAUAAUGCUAUUUCAUCUGGUGCAGAUUCUGCUCCACAGAUAUUUGCGUUGCAAGCCGAGGCAUUUUUGAAGCUCCGUAGGCACCAACAUGCAGAAGAAGCAAUGUCAAAGGGGUCUAAUUUUGAUGUUGAUCAUUGCACCAAGUUCUUUGGACCUAUUUGCCAUGCAAAUACAUUGGUGACUCAGUCCCGGGUUCAUUUGGCUGCUGGCAGAUUUGAAGAUGCCCUAGUUGCAAUUCAGAGAGCAUCUAGGCUUGAUCCAAAUAAUAAUGAGAUGAAGAAGGUGAUGAGGAAGGCUAGAGCUGCGGCUGCAGCUCGAUCAAACGGAAACGAGCUUUUCAUGGCAUCAAAAUUCUCUGAAGCAUCUGUUGCCUAUGGAGAAGGGUUAGAGCAUGAUCCAUAUAACUCGGUUUUGCUAUGCAACCGAGCUGCAUGUAGAUCCAAAUUAGGCCAAUUUGAGAAGGCUGUGGAAGAUUGCAAUGCUUCUCUUAGCUUGCGUCCAUCUUACAGCAAGGCUAGGCUGAGAAGAGCAGAUUGUAAUGCCAAGUUGAAAAGAUGGGAAGCUUCAAUACAAGACUAUGAAAUAUUGCUUAAAGAGACACCGGAGGAUGAAGAAUUAACAAGGGCUUUGUUGGAGGCCAAAGAGCAUCUUAUACAACAGCGAGGUGAAUGAAGGUCAACGCUCAUGAAGUGUUAUAGAGAAAUAGUUAAGGUGAGCACAGGAAAAAAGGGCCCUAAUGUGCUUGCAUUGUCAAGGAUGACAGGCAAGCACACUUAUUGUCAAUGAUCAAUACUCAAAUCCUUUGAAGAAAAAGGAUAAAGCACGUUGUGG